UUGGAUAAAAGCCGAGUCAGUCUCUAAUUACAGCACCGGAUUCAUGCCGGUAAUCACCACUCACACUUAAACCAUCAGCUUCGAUUAGUCCCGCCUGCUUUUUGGAUUAAGCCAAGAUAUCAUAUCCCCUUUUCCUAAUGGCUGACGCUACUUUUGACAAAACCUCCCUCGAAGCCAAGUGCACGGCCUUGUCUGAUGCCGCAACCGCCGCCCUUGCCACAAUCUCGCUCGCCGGGACAGAACACAGCGAAGACCCAGACAACCAGAUAGGAAAAGACUUGCCGGUGAAGUUAUCGCCAGCCAGGGCUUUCGCCGCGAGACUUGCCAUUUUCCGGGAGCAUGCGACUCAACUCGCAGUCUGCGCUCAAGGAGCCGACGUCGUCUUGCCGCAACUAGGGAUUGAGCUGGACAAGGCCAUGGCUGAAGCUCAGCGAGUGUUUGCGGGGUUGAAAUCCGAUAAAGAGGGAGACGGAAGCGCGAUUGAGUUCCUGAGCUCCUUAUCGCGGCUGUUUGUGUUUGGCACGCAACUCUUGACCAUGAAUGACAAACAGGAGCAAAAAGUCAAGUUGGAGUCUGAGGACGGGCGAGCAAUCUUUGAAGCGGCAAGCGCUGCUUCGAGGGCAGUGAUUGAUGAACUGAGUCCGAACUGAUUUCCUGAUCUGGGAUACCAGUGCGUGUGGGACAACAACAUGCUUAUCUGAUGCUUCUGCGAUAUUUAUGGGGCUGUGUUUGGUUUUCUAGAACGGACUGUCCGUGGUGUAGAAGAAAGACUGUUCAGCUGGUUGGCGCAGUCGGAGGCAGCCACCACGGCCAAGCCGCCACAAUCUCACGCAGUGGUCAGGGGGUUCUCAUUAUGUUCUAGAGAACUUGGCAGAGUUUAGAACAAAACGCUAAAAUCAACGACGUUCCUAACCUUGACCGCCACCAAGAUUGUAUAAAAUC